AUGAAUGCCAGGCUUAAUGAAGAGAAUGGCUACUUUAUGAACAUAGUGUGCCAUGAACGGCCUAUCAUAGACAUCAGGUUCAAUCACGAUGCAGACCUUAUCUACACGGCAGGUAAGGAUUCAGUUUGCACUCUUCUCCGCACGGAUGGAGAGGUGCUUGGCGUAUACAAAGAGCACAAAGGAUCUAUCUUUUCAAUCGCUAUGGACAUUAAGAGCACAUCACUGAUGACAGGAAGCGCAGAUCAAACAAUCAUACAUUGGGAUGUUGUUACAGGAAAAGUCAGGUGCCAGGCAUCUGUAGAUGUGGUUGUCAAGGCGCUUGACUUCUGCAAUGAUGGAAAUGUGUGUUUUAUGUGUAAUGACGAUAUUAUGGGAGUAAAGCCGCAGAUAUCAUCGUUCGAUCUAAGAGAAGGAGUUGCAAAUAAAGUGUUUUCACCGUCAUCUGUUCCAGUCAAGAUCCUGCUCAACUCUUCAGAAAACACAAUAGUGUAUUCAGAUACAUCAGGAUAUGUCAGUGCAGUUGAUCUUCGAAAGACUGAAGUAAUCAAGAAAUCAAAGAUACACUCAUCAAAAAUAAACGGAAUGCGGGCAAGCAGAUGCAGGAGCUUCUUCAUCACCGCAUCGAUGGAUUCUCAAUCGAAAAUAGUCGACUUUACCGAUCUAUCCGUCCAGAAAAUAUUUGCAUGUGAAGAGCCUGUAAACUGUGCAGUUGUUUUCAAUACAAACGAUAAGGCCAUCUGUGUUGGUGGAAUCAAUGCAAGAGAUGUCACAAUAACAAAAGGAAAGUCCUCAUUCGACACAAACUUCUUUGAUGUGGUUACUUGCGAAAAAAUAGGGUCAUAUAGCACACACUUUGGAACAAUAAACUCCGUGGAUGUUCAUCCUGGUGGGACAAUGUACUGCUCAGGAGGAGAAGAGGGAACUAUUUCCAUAUUGGCAUUUGGCCAAGACUUCUUCAAGGCAAACUUUACUUGCUUCGAUUAA